AUGUUCUUAGCAACCGAUUCGUCGCUCUACCAAGAUUCAAGUCCUGAAUUUGAAGAGCCAACAAUAAUUGGAGAAAUGUUUGUUGAUAAAAACCGGGACAUAAUGCUUGGUAGAUCUCGAUUGAGAUAUCUGUAUGAGGGCAUUAUUGGGAAAAGAUGUAUGCUAGACUUAAAUCGUGGAUUCGAACGAUUUCAAAGCUAUAACCAACUUAAUGAAGAAAAAUUGGAUGUGAUGUUAAAGUGGAUUUUGAAACAUAGCGAACCCGGCACCUCUCUUGCAAAAGUAUGUCACGAUGCAGACUUCGUUUCCAACCGUGGGUGUUUAUCGAGAUUAGCUGCUACACCUUACGAAACUCAAGACGACUGGCAGUUAUGUUUUGUCCGUUUCAAAUCUGUCAUUUUCGUAUGUGAAUUUUCGACUGAUCGAAAAGUUCGACGAAUUCAGUCUGCUUCUCAUCGUGAAAGAUUGAUGACUUUUUGGGGACAUAAGUUUGAGCAGUACGUCACUCAUCAGUUCUUAACGGAUAAGCCUAAAACGGAUGAACCAGUAUCGAACUUGGAAGAGUUUCGUAUUGUUGUUAAAACACGCAUUAAGAAGCGAGAAAGAUUUCGUCUGUUAUAUUCUGCUGAAACAGAUUGCACCAAUGCAGAUGGAAACUAUGUAGAAUUGAAAACGUCGUUUGACAACUUUGGAGGAACUUUUCGUGAACACAAAUCGAGGAAGUGGUGGAUACAGUCGUUUCUUGCAGGCAUAAAAAAUAUAGUUACCGGUUUUAGGGACAGGAACGGUUUUGUCACGCAUGUAGGGCUAGUAAAUGUGUCCGAUUUGCCAUAUAAUGCUCCAUGGAGUUCGAAUGUUAUUUUGAACUUUUUCUACGCAGCACUUGAUCGAAUGAAGGAAUUGCUAAGUACUUCUCCGGAUCUUACAUAUUAUUUGUUAAUAUUUGACCCCUCAGAACGAUCUGUAACAUAUGAGGUUUGCAAGCCAGACAGUGAAUUUAAUUUUUUGCCUGACUGGUUCGUAAGCCACUUUGAUAAAUAA